CAAAGAGGAAACUUUACAAUGAGCGGAAGAGGCAAAACCGGCGGCAAGGCUCGCGCCAAGGCCAAGACCCGUUCAUCUCGUGCCGGACUCCAGUUCCCGGUCGGCCGCGUGCACAGGCUGCUGCGCAAAGGCAACUACGCCGAGCGCGUGGGCGCCGGCGCCCCCGUCUACCUGGCGGCCGUGCUGGAGUACCUGACCGCUGAGAUCCUCGAGCUGGCUGGAAACGCCGCCCGCGACAACAAGAAGACCCGCAUCAUCCCAAGACACCUGCAGCUGGCCGUCCGCAACGACGAGGAGCUCAACAAGCUGCUGGGCGGAGUCACCAUCGCUCAGGGCGGCGUGCUGCCCAACAUCCAGGCCGUGCUGCUGCCCAAGAAGGCCGACAAGCCGGCCAAGGCCAAGUAGACCCACAGCCCACCUCAAAACACACAAAGGCUCUUUUAAGAGCCACACACUCACAUCAGAAGAGACUUUCUGGCUACUUUAAUAGGAUGUCAGAAGUAUAAGCACAGCUCAGCCUACAAAAACUUUGAAAUACUUUAAAUGAGUCAAGCACCAGGAAUGAAUGGAAAUCUAAAAUGCUAUAAUCACCAUUUAAAGAUAAAAACAGUAUAAUUUUUGCCUGUUCUGUUUCAGCAGUUUACUGCAAUAGAUGCAGAUACACUUUAUUCUUGUAUGAACUGAAAGGGUUUUUAAAUGGAAAUCCUGACUUGGAUGGCUUCACCUCAUUACAAAUGAACUGCUGUUUUACUGUUUGUUCUGCC